AUGCAAAGCCGCCUGCAGAGUCGGUCUUCAAGACUCCGUUUGGUGCUCCGGCCUCCGAUGCAAAGCCGCCAGCCGGGGCUGUCUUCAAGAGUGCGUUUGGUGCUCCGGCCUCCGAUGCAAAGCCGCCUGCAGAGUCGGUCUUCAAGAGUGCGUUUGGUGCUCCGGCCUCCGAUGCAAAGCCGCCGCGAGUCGGUCUUCAAGAGUGCGUUUGGUGCUCCGGCCUCCGAUGCAAAGCCGCCAGCCGAGUCAGUUUUAAAGAGCUUGCAUAAUUCAUAUGGUGGUGACAGUGGACUGUGGAAGUGCAUUGUUUGUGGUAAGGCAAAGGAACUUGGUGGAAAGCAUUUGAUAGGUAAAACGAAGGUGCGCUCGGACUGUUGGCCAUGCGGGAAGAAGACAACAUUUAAUUUUGAGGAGCAAACUACUGUGGCACCUGAACAGCUACGCCCAAAUGCGAAAGGGAGAGAGUUAGAAAGUAGUACGAUUGGGGUGUCAGGGACUGCGAGGACUGCAGAGGGUUUUCAAGCUCCUCGGGUUCCAAUGGAAUCAGAUGAAGAUAUGUGUCUUGUCCCCACUCUUGGGAGGAAGGCGGAGGAACGGACAGCUUCCGAUAACUGCUUUCAAGAAUGGAAAUGUCGUGUCUGCGGUAAGGCAAAACCGCUUGCUGGGAAACAUCUUGAGGGAAAAAGAGAGGUUAGAAGUGACUGUUGGCCAUGUGCAGCCAAACGUACAUUUUACCUGACAACCAAUCAAAGCACAGCCGAUGCAAAGCCGCCAGCCGAGUCGGUCUUCAAGACUCCGUUUGGUGCUCCGGCCUCCGAUGCAAAGCCGCCAGCCGAGCUGGUCUUCAAGAGUGCGUUUGGUGCUCCGGCCUCCGAUGCAAAGCCGCCAGCCGAGUCGGUCUUCAAGAGUGCGUUUGGUGCUCCGGCCUCCGAUGCAAAGCCGCCAGCCGAGUCGGUCUUCAAGAGUGCGUUUGGUGCUCCGGCCUCCGAUGCAAAGCCGC